CAUAGGGUGGCGCCAUUGCACGCAGUUUGCAAACAACAAAAGAAGAAGAAGUCUGAUCCUUCCUUAACAGCCAAUGGCCUGACGAAGAGCUCUUCUUCUCAAACAUGUCACCCAUGAAGCUGUGUGUUCCUGGUGACAAACUGUGCAGUGUCGAAGACUGCACCCCCGGCACAGGCGUAUACCUGCGGCAUGGAUAUAUCUACUCCUCACUUGCAGGCUAUGUGCUCAAGAAGAACGAAGGAGAGGAGUUGCCAGUCAUCUCUGUUGUGAGAGAAACUGAAACCCAGCUACUGCCUGAUGUAGGAGCCAUAGUCACAUGUAAGGUAACAAGCAUCAACCCCAGGUUCGCUAAGGUCCACAUCCUUUAUGUUGGCUCCACGCCGCUGAAAGACCGCUUCAGGGGAACUAUCAGAAAAGAAGACGUGCGAGCAACAGAGAAAGACAAGGUAGAGACGUAUAAAUGUUUUAGACCUGGAGAUAUUGUCCUGGCCAAAGUGAUCUCACUGGGCGAUGUGCAGUCCAACUACCUGCUGACUACAGCUGAGAAUGAGCUGGGUGUCGUGGUGGCCCACAGCGAAGCGGGUGCACAGAUGGUUCCCAUCAGCUGGUGUGAGAUGCAAUGUCCACUGACGCAUGCCAAAGAAUUCCGCAAAGUGGCAAGAGUCCAGCCAGAGUUUCUGCAGGCCUGAAAAGUCUUGGACUUUUUUUUUUUCCCCCCUUCCACAAGGAACACACAGCUUCCCUCCUCCUGAUCUUUGGGUGACCAAGGAGCCCCCUGAUUUGUUUGGAUGACACUGGAUGGCUUUAGAAGUCUUCAUAUUUGUGGUCAAUAGUGUGCUGUCACAUUGAUUGCAACCAAUGUGUACCAACAGUAUACUGCGGUCAGGGGGGGGGCUUGUUGCCAGCUUAAUUAUAAUAACUGGUGGUCUGAUAAGAGCUGCAAUAAAUUAUGUUGCAGUGUAGCAUUCCAUGUUUAAAGACAGGUAGGUUACAGUAACUCCAAUAAGUUACUUCUAUUAUCUAGCAAUUUGGACUGCAACAUAGAGCAAAUGUAGGUGCAGCUUAAUGUGAUUGUGUUUUGAAUAGGCAUUUUUUUUACACCUUUUAAUACAACACGUGGAAGUAAAUGUCUGUUAUCCGGCACAUUAUGAGCCUACAAGAAAUGAGCAUGAAAGUAUUUUAUAAUGUAAUGAAGUAUCUCUCUCGCUUUACUGCAGAUGUCUGCAUAAGUGAAAUAAAAUGAAACCCGGUUGCCUUG